UCUAAGAAGAAUAUUCAAACGGGCGAACAAUGAUUCGGACACAUGCGGCGGAAAUACAGCUCCUCCGUCUCUUGCGUAUUCCGAUUCCAGUGGAGUCGCAGACCCUGGAAAUCAUUUGUGCUCGAAGUUGUCUUAGAAUGAGAUUUCGAGGGCUGCUGGCAGCGCGAAGAAAUGAUUUUAGAUCUUUCUCCUUGGAUCAUUCUGAGGGUACAUCAGGGUUCAGUUAUUUUAAUCUUGAGAACAGUAGCUAGUCAUUGGUUCACGAAAACAAUGGAAGAAAAUCAGCUUGAGAUUUAUUUUUCGAAUUCGCGGAUGUCCAAAAAAGUCAAUUCGUCAUUUCUGGCAAAGUACUUACUUGGCGACGACCACGAGCAAGCCCUCCUUGUCUCUUACCGCCAUCUUCCCCUCAGCAGACCGUCGGGAAUGUCUGCAAACUGUCCACCGCAGCUUCACCUUACUCUACCGGCGAAUGCGACGUCCUUCAAGCGGUCUUUCGAACAAUUCGGAUUCGACUUGGAGAGUCCCACGACUGGCAAUGAUGUAGGGUCGAGCUCGACGGACAAUGGAGGACGCAGGGACCGUAACAAACGUGCAAGGAGUGCGAGCAGUGUUUCUGCCCACAGCAUUUCCUCGAGCAGCUCCAGAUCCUCUACCGUCGUCUCUUCUGGCGAGACCAGCCCGUCCGGCAGCGAGCCAGCCCCUACCGUCGAACAAGAACCAGCAGUUAUACCGCCUUUACCACCGCGAUUGCCUACACCAGUCAUCCAGGACAUUGAGAUGCCCCAUUAUCCUUUGACGGUGGAGUCAUCAACCUCAAUGUCCGCAGAGGACUCCCGAGCGAGUAGGAACGGGACCGGAAGCCGUGGCGAGGACGAGGACCCUUUCAGUCUCACGCUGCAGCGAUUCGGCGAGUUCGAUACCCAAAUUUCUGUUCUGCGCCACUCAAGGACACCGUCAUUGCCACGAACCCCAACACCUCCCCCGACUUUGCCGCCUCUUUCUCUUGCAGAAGAACAACAACCUGUAUCUAUUCCAUUUCUGUUACCAUAUGACGCUUCAGACGUUCCAGAACCGCCACAGCCAAAUCCGCCUCGACCUUCGUCUCCCCGUUCUAAUAGGGCUGCUUCCAGCCAAAGUCCAGUUGAUGGUGAUGAAAGACCCCCAAACCCCACCUCAGAUCCGACCUCUCGCCUGAGUCUGCCUUCCACUGAAUGGAUUCGCUUCAGUGAUGGAUUCGAUUUCACUUCGUCUCAGUUGUCCUCUUUAGAUCUUACCUCUGUAUUUCGGGAUAUCGAUGAAACCAACGCGUCAGAAGAUGCAUCAGGCUCUCGGGGAGAUCGUUCCAUGGAAGAAGACAGACCCGCACUUGGACCACUCCUUGAUCGCGCUGCAUUUCGCAGAGCUAUGAAUAUGCGCCCAUCUUCAUCUCAAACCCGUCGUCAAUCUGAAUCUGCCUAUUCGUAUCUAGAUCGCGCGCUGGAGAGAUGGUUUGAGGAGCAACCCUCACCUUGGGACGAAGACGCUCUUUUAUCAGCAGCCGCUAGGGACCGAAGGUCUUCGGAGGAUCAACCCUACUUGGAGCUGCCACCUCUUACCGACCCUCUCGAGAACAACUCACGAUAUAUCGAGCAGGGAUUACUGGAUCCUCGAGAGUCUGAAUCCGAUCAAGAGCGCGGCAGGCGCAGAAACACCCAAACGGACCUUCCGGGCUGGCUUGAUAUCGAUGAGCGCAUCUCAGAUUCAAUGUCUAGAAGACCUUCUCGCUCUCCAGUCAGGUCUCGCUUAGCUACUGCACACUCUGAAGAUUCGUUACGGUCAUUAGCAGGUUUUAGGCCUUCCUCCCGUUCACAUUCUCCAUCUCCAGUCGUUCCAACACUCCGACGUCUUCGAACUCGGGCAUAUGGCUCUUAUUCCAGACCCGGAUCAUCAAACUCUCUCAUAUCUGAGAGUGCAUCCGAAAUACGGAGGCGUAAUGCUCACGCUGAGUUAAUGGAGCGUCUUCAGAGCGAUGUCCCUCGGCCCGAGCGGGAACCCGACUCCGAUGAUGAAUGGCAAGACUUAGCACUCCCCCAGGAACGGGGCCGCUUCUCAAUCUCAAGGCGUGCAGACGCCUGGUCUGAACUUUUUGAUCGGGCCGAGUCUAGUCAGGAGGACCUCGCUUUUCCUCACCCUGUUCGCGUUUUACCGAAUUAUCCUUCACCAGAUCGUACAAGAGGCACCAGCACUACCGAUGCAUUGAGAGAAAGACGUCUCGCAUAUCUUUUACGAAGGGGUUAUGAUUCGUCGUCUUAUAAUAAUACCUCCACAUCCAGGCCCCCUCCUUCUCACAGUCCGGUCCGGCGGUCGUCUAGCUUGAAUAAUCAUCCUUCGCGCCCAUCAGUCGAUGAGUAUCAGCGUCAUGGCAGGGUGGUUCCUCGUCCUCCCGAACGCCACUUGUCAGUAGACUUCUUCGACUCGCGGUCAUCGACGAUAUCGGAUAUGGCGCGCGCCGUGACUCGCAACGAUCGGCAGGAAAACUCUCCUUUCUACAGCGACCCGCUUCUUUCUCGGCAACCUUCUGCGAACCCACCCUCAAUUCCGCCACCAGACCUUGGCGCCAUCUUCAUCCCGCACACUUCAGACUCUACUGAACCAGAGCCCUAUGGCCUACCACCUUUACCACCUGUCGAUCCCACAGUUUCUGAACUUUUGAACUAUGAAAGAGGAACAUCUCCUGAACGCCGUCCGCCCGCACCGACACCAUCAAGACAGAGCGCUGCUGCUCUCCGGCCAGAUACUAUAAGUAUCAAUCCCGAUGCAUUUGCUCCUGGACCAUUUCGUAAUACGAUGAUAUGGCAAGCUGAUAGGAUCAGAGCGAGACAGCAGAACGAGACAUCGCGUCCGCCGUCCAUUCCCCCGCUUCCAUUUGAAGAUGAUUUUCCUCCCUCGAGAUUAAGGACGGAGGAGAGGUCACAUCCUACGGUAUUAGGAUCGUUUCUCCCGAAAUCCUCCAGAACAUGUGAAUGCCAUGAGCGACCGGGUACCUCCACGCAGGUCCAACCUGUUCUACGGAAGGGCUGGUGUUGAUAGUUCUGCCCCUCGGCCUGCUUAUUCAAGGCGUGUGGUAGACGAGGACCCUCCCCGUCGUUCUCCGUCAGAUAUACACAGCUACC